AAUAAAUUUAUUUGAUAAGGCUUUAGCAUUCUGUCAUACAUUUGAGGAACUGCUAUACAUGUAUAGUAUAGACCUUAUACACAUUUUUGAUGCAAAGAAUCGAUUUGCAUUUAUCAUUCGUUUCCUUCGAUCAUACUCUCGAUUCAUCAGUAUACAAAAUGCGGAGAAAUCCGACAAACAUAUCCCGAUUGAUGGACCAUCCAAAGUGCUUUUUCCUGCAGCCGAGUCGGAGACUCCUUUACAAAGAGCGCAGAAGUAUAAAAACGAAGGAAAUGUAUAUUUCAAAACAAAAAAAUAUAAUGAAGCCAUUGCUGAAUAUACUAAAGCAAUCGACAUUUGUCCCAUGGAGAAUAAAGAUGAACUGGCGACUUUUUAUCAAAAUAGAGCGGCUGCGUAUGAGCAAUUGGAGAAAUAUAGCUCCGUAAAGGCAGAUUGUACAAAAGCGUUGGAAUUAAAUCCAAAAUAUAUUAAAGCUUUGCUACGUCGGGCACGUGUAUUGGAGCAAGCAGGGGAUUUGGAGACUGCCUUUAAGGAUAUGACUACUGCUUGUAUUCACAAAAACUUUUCCGAUCAAGCUUCUCUUUUAAAGGCAGAAAUGAUCUUAGAAAAGCUUAUGGGACAAGUCCAGGAAAACACACAUGAAAAUUUUUUUAUGCUUACUACGCAUGCCAUUGAAAUAUAUUAUAUUAGAGCUUUUUCUAAAGAUCCAAUACUUUCUAGACUUGAACAUCCAGAAAACAUUCCAGAAUUUUUCAAGAAACCAUUACAAGCGUUAAAAAACAAAGAAUAUCAUAAUAUAAUAUCGCUGUGCACAGAAAUAAUAGAAAGUCCUGGAUUUGAUAAAUUACCUUCCUCUAAACUAGAAGUGAUAUUAUUACGAGCUACAUUCAACUUAUUUCGGAGCAAUUAUUCUGCUGCGAUUCAUGAUUUUGAAAUUAUUUUAUCUAGCGAAGAUGCAUUUGAUGAUGUAAGGGUAAACGCCUUGAUAAAAAGAGCAAAUCUACAUAGACAAAUCGGGAUUCGAUAUUUUAUUUUUAAGGACUUUGAUUUAGCCAUUGUGAUAAAUCCAAGUUGUAGCGAUAUCUACUAUCAUAGAGGCCAGGCGUAUUUGGACAUUCAAGAGCUAGACAAAGCUAAGCACGAUUUUGAAAAGGCCGUUGAAUUGAAUCCAAACUUCAGCGCGGCACAUAUGCAGAAAUGGUAUGCAAAUUAUCAUUUUGCAAUAUUGAACCAAGAUUUAAGUUUAGCCGAAAUGACUAUGAGAGAUGUUGAGAAAGCUUUCGAUAGCGAAAGGUACUCGAAUCCUCCUGAAUGUGUAUGUUGUUAUGUUUUGUAUGCUCAGAUAAUGUCCAAAAUUAAACAGUAUCAAAAGGCUGAUACUUAUUUUGUUAAAGCGAUAGAGAAAAAUCCAGAUUAUGCUAUUGUUUAUUUGCUAUUAUGGAACUGUAAUCUUGAUAAUACUAUGGAAUACUUGAACAAAGUAUUAAAAUUGGAGACAUGUUCUAAUGGCGGCAAGCUUAGAUGUAUUGAAAUGUUAAGAACAAUCGAAAUACAACGAGGGAACGUAGAGGAAGCAAUAAAAUUAUCUGAUAAGACUUUAGUAUUUUGUCGCACAUUUAAAGAACUGUUAUACAUAUACAGUGUAGAUGCUAUAAAGACACAUCUUAAUAUACAAAAUCGAUUUGGACAUGUUAUCCAUUUUCUUCGAUCAUAUUCUCAAUUCAUCGAUGUACAAAAUGCAGAAGAGCCCAACAAACGUAUCCUUAUUAACAGCGAUGAGCCAUCCAAAGUGUCUUCUUCCACAGCCGAAUCGGAGACUCCUAUACAAAGAGCACUAAAGUGUAAAAAAGAAGGAAAUGUAUAUUUCAAAACGAAAAAAUAUAAUGAAGCCAUUGCUGAAUAUACUAAAGCAAUCGACAUUUGUCCCAAGGAGAAUAAGGAUGAACUCGCGAUUUUUUAUCAAAAUAGAGCAGCUGCUUAUGAGCAAUUGAAGAAAUAUAGCUUCGUAAAGGCAGAUUGUACAAAAGCGUUGGAAUUAAAUCCAAAAUAUAUUAAAACUGUGCUACGUAGGGCACGUAUAUUGGAGCAAACGGGAGAUUUGGAAGCAGCCUUGAAGGACAUGACUACCGCAUGUAUUUAUGAAGAGUUUUCUCAUCCUAAUUCCCUUGUUAAGGUAGAAAUAAUCUUGAAAAAACUUGUGAAACAACAUGCUUAUGAAAAUUGGGCAAACAAAAAGUUAUUUAUGCCAAAUCAGCUUUUCAUCGAAUGUUAUAUUACAUCUUAUUCUACAGAUCCAGUGUUUUCUAGACUUCGAUGUCCAGAAAAUAUUCCAGAAUUUUUCAAAAAGCCACUACAAGCGUUAAAAGAUAUGAAAUAUGAUGACAUAAUACUAUUGUGUACGGAAAUUAUUGAAAGUCCGGCAUUUAAUUCAUUACCUUCAACUAAACUUGAAGUGUUAUUAUUACGAGCUACAUUUUGUAUACUUUUGGGUAAAUACGAUCCUGCAUUCCAAGACUUAGAAUGUAUACUGAACAUCGAGUAUGCAUCCGAUGAUGUAAAGAUAAACGCUUUGUUAAAGAAAGCGAAUUUACAUCUGAAGUUCAUGGAUAUAGACAUGGCCUCCAUGAAUUUCGAAUUAGCCAUUACUAUAAAUCCGCGUUACAGCGAUAUUUACUAUCACAGAGGACUGUUAUAUAUGCACAUGGACAAACUAAACAAAGCUAAGGACGAUUUUAAAAAGGCUCUUGAAUACAAUCCAAACUUUAGCAUGGCAUGUAUACAAAAAUGCUAUACAGAUUAUUGUAUUGCGAAGUUAAAUAAAGAUGUAAGAUUAGUUGAAGCGGCUGUGAGAGCUUUCGAGAAAGUUUUCGAAAAAUAUACAAACUUUCCUGAAUGUAUAUUUUGUUAUCAAUAUUAUCGUAAGAUGAUGUCCGAAACUCAACAGUACCAAAAAGCUGACAUUUAUUUUACUAAAAUAAUAAAAAAAUAUCCGGAGAAUACAUCUAUGUCUUUAGUUUAUCUGCAGAGGGCCUUUUUGCAAUUUGAUUGGAGUGGUUAUUCUGAUAAAGCUGCGAAAUAUCUUAAAAAAGCGAUAGAAUUGGAUGAAAAGUGCAGUUCUGCAUAUGAAGCGUUAGGAAUUAUUGAAAUAAAAAGGGGAAACGUAGAAGAAGCAAUAAAAUUGUUUGACAAAGCUUUAGUAUACUGUCAUACAUUUAAGGAACUGCUAAACCUAUACUACUUGAGAGAUACAGCAAAAGUAGAACUUAAUAUCAAGAAUCAAUUCGGGGACAAGUAUUUCGAUUUUAUCACUCGUUAUCUUAGUCCGCGAAUGUUGUGAAUGAAGUAAAAAUUUGCGACG